UUUUUUGUUUUUUUUUAAAGGCGACAUGCUCACGUGAUAUGCGUUCAGUCCGUACGCCUAACGUACGUCCAUUUAUUGACGAUAAUCUAGUUAAACAUUCCGGGAAGAGUGACGAAGUUGGCAUUUGACGUUGAUAAAGAUAAGUAACUGGAGUCGUUUUGUGGGCCUAGCUGGCACUAGAUUUUGAGUCUGUCCGGUCUAUGUAGCUAACGUUUGGCUACUGGCUGUAUGCUCAAACUGCAGCUGUGUCGACGGGCGACGUUUACGUGUGACGAACUUCGUAUCAGCCUUGCAAACUCAGCGGUUUUGCUCGGGGGACAUUUACAGCGGCCAAAUUUACUUGGUAACGGCAGUGGGAAGAUGAACGGAUCUCUGGAAGACGUGGAUCAGCCCGACCCGGACGCCAUCAAGAUGUUCGUGGGUCAGAUCCCGCGGUCCUGGUCGGAGACGGAGCUGAAGGAGCUGUUUGAGCCGUACGGAGCCGUGUACCAGAUCAACAUCCUGCGUGACCGGAGUCAGAACCCACCGCAGAGCAAAGGGUGCUGUUUUGUAACGUUUUAUACCAGAAAAGCAGCUCUGGAGGCCCAGAAUGCAUUGCACAACAUUAAGACCUUAUCUGGGAGCCCCUUCUGUGCCCGGGCCGUUCUCCUGAGCGCCGCAUGCUCCCCGCCGCCCUGGCCUCUGGCUGUGGGAGCCGCGCGCGUUCCGCCUGAGCGCGGGGGGGUGACCGGGUUCAGACACGGCCAGUCGAGCACCGAUCGGCCUCCCUCCCAUAUCCAGCUGCUCCAGCAGGCUGCAUCCUCCAGUAACCUGGGCGCGUUCAACAGUAUUCAGCAGAUGGCAGGUAUGAGUGCGCUGCAGCUGCAGAACCUGGCCGCCCUGGCGACCGCUGCCGCGGCAACGCAGAGCUCCAGCCCCUCCAAUCCGCUGUCCUCCAGCCCCGCAGGUACGACGGGCUCCUCUGGUGCGGCGGCGUCUCUCAGCUCCCUGUCCUCUCUGGGGGCCCUGCAGGGCCUGGGCUCGUCCGUGGGGCUCAACAACAUCAACGCGCUCGCCGGAGGAGUCAACAGCAUGGCGGCUCUGAACGGGGGCCUGGGGGCGGCGGGCCUGUCCAACGGCACGGCGGGGGCCAUGGACGCCCUGACCCAGGCGUACUCCGGCAUCCAGCAGUACGCGGCCGCCGCCCUGCCCACGCUCUACAGCCAGUCGCUGCUGCAGCAGCAGGGCGCCGCCGGCAGCCAGAAGGAGGGCCCUGAGGGAGCCAAUCUCUUCAUCUACCACCUGCCGCAGGAGUUCGGGGACCAGGACAUCCUGCAGAUGUUCAUGCCUUUCGGAAACGUGGUCUCUGCCAAAGUCUUCAUCGACAAACAGACCAAUCUGAGCAAGUGCUUUGGUUUCGUCAGCUACGACAACGCCGUGUCCGCGCAGGCCGCCAUCCAGGCGAUGAACGGGUUCCAGAUCGGCAUGAAGAGGCUGAAGGUGCAGCUGAAGCGCUCCAAGAACGACAGCAAGCCGUACUGAAGUUAGCCCUCGCGCCGCGCCGCGGCUCGCUAGCACUGAAGGAACAUCUUCAUGCCCGUUAGCUCAUGGUUUGCCUAGCAUGUCUCCGUGGCGUCCAAACACACGUCUCAUCGUCCCGUCCCGUUUCCCCCCCCCCCCCCUCCCCACCCCCAUUGUUUCCGAUGUCUCUUUUCAAGCUCACCUGAUCAUAACCUGGUCUCCUCCUACUGACCUUUUGAACCUAGCUUUGACCUUUUUGUUUUGGAGUUUUUUGUUUUGUUUUUGUUUGUUGGUUUGUAUUUUGUUUGUUUGUUUGUUUGUUUGCAUGUGUGAACCUCGUUUGGAGCUUUUUGGGGGUUUUGGGAGUUCGGGGAGGGGAAGGGAGAGGUCGAGGAGAUUAAUGUGAAAGCUUAGCUAUAGUCAUACAAGAGACAAAGAGCACAAAUACGUUAAAGAAAACCCUGUGGUGAAUCUGUGUUUUUUCUUUUCCUUUAUAUAUAGAUUUAUUGUUUCCUCUCCGUCUUGUUUUGUCUUUUCUCGAGAGUAAACUUGAACGAUAGUACAGGGAUCGGCAAUACGAGGCCAAGUCUGACCAGUCGUCUCCUUACCCCAAGCUAUGUCUGAUAAAAUACCGAAAUAUCUCUCUCUCGCUCUCUCGCUCUCUUUCUCUCUCUCUCUCUCUCUCGACGCUCUGCGAAGCGGUUUUUUACACUUUUUUCGGGCAGCAGAGUUUUUUUUGAUAAGGCCUUUUGAGGAUUCUCACUUUCUCACCUUAAAAAAGAAAAAAAAAAAGAAAACAUAUUUGUAGAACCACUUUUUUCUAAAGCAGUUUACGGCUACGACGAAAAGGGGGAAACGGCAAAAUAAAAAAUGGAAAUAUCCCGAUCGGUCCCGUUGUUACCCACGUGUGGCUUUUCGCCAAGCUGACUCACCGUAAGACAAUCCGUGGUUAAAUGCACAUGAAAUGACUUAUAUUUUAUACUCUUUAAAUGUAUAGAGAAAUAAAACGACAAAAAGUGUGUCCUGUGUUCUAAACGUUAGUGCUUUUUUUUUUUUCUUUUUCUUUUUUUUUUCGUGGAUUCAAAUGCGGUUUCAUCAGGAGUCCGACAGUCUUAAGCGUUUCGUAUUUUUAAAAGACUAAAAUAAAAACAAAAAAUCUAAAACUUGGACAGAGCCUUUCAUAAAAUUUCCGUUUUUUUUUUCUUUUGGUUCUUUUUAUUUUUUAUAUAUAUAAAUAUAAAACGAGUCCCCAGUUUGCUAAAUUUCUUGAGUGAUACCAGCCCCCACCCUCCCUCCAAAAAAAAAAUGCUAGUGAAACUUUUUUUCGAUUUUGUCUCUUUCACUCCCUUGUUCCUUGUUUCUUUUUGCUGUGGGAAAUGACUUAACUGUUUUGUUGGUUAGCAAAAUGUAAUUUUUUUUUUCCUUUUCUUGUAAAUAAAAACCUGAAUCAGUGGUA